CUAUUUGUGACAUUUUUCUUAACCCUGCUUUAAAAGGAACUAAAUAUGCUGAAAACAAAAAGAAACAAAAAAUGAAAAAUAUAUUUAUCUCGUCUAAAAAAUCUGUAGGAAUUAUUGUUGCAAAAGAAACAGCAAUUACUAGUGAAAAUAAAAAUGAAACCACAAGCAAAACUUGA